CCGGACCGAGGAACAGGAACUGAACGUUGUGAGCAGUCCAAGCUUGCGAGGGCAGCACACAUAAGGUGCUGAGUAAGCAAGCGAGCGAGAUGUCUCAAACUCUCUCGCUCCAGUGCCAAAAUUCGCUACGGCGAAGUCUGCGACUUGUAUUCAGUUACUCUCAAUGCUUAUUUGCUUCAUCUCUUCUCUUUCACUGACGCCCCGCUCCGAUGGUGCUGCGACUGAAACCUUGGACCCUGGUAUAUGACUGACGAGAAGCCUUGAAACGAUGAGAUGGACAAAAUGCGAGCGAAGAUGAGCAAAGAGGUAAUGGAGAGAAACACCAGAAGGGCUCGAAGAAGAAAGGAUGUGGAGCAAAAGAGAGGAUCUCCGGAAUGUCUCAGGAUGAAGAAGAUGAGUCCGAAUUCGUCGUUCAAACUGUGCAGAAAGCUGUCGAAGCCAAAGCGAAGUCUUCAUACGGGCCUAGGACUAUGGUUCCCUUGGCUCCCUUAGUUUGGCUUCCUGUAUCUACCACUUCUAUGGGUAUUGCGCUUGGAACGAUGUUCUUAGACGAUAAGACCGAAAGGAAUGUCGGGGCUUACAAUUCUAAUGACGCCACCUUUCACAUCGGACCUGCAUACAAUCACACGUACGCCGUGAACGGCGCGAGCAAGAGAUUUAGUGUUCGCGAAUCUCGAUGUAUCCAAAGCCCCUCCGGAGGACAAUUUUUCUCGGGCGGAUUUCCUGGAGUAUUGCAACAAACCUUUGGAUCUCUUCUAUCUUUGGCGAACAGGACCUGGUCCGAUGGUGUAUAAACAACUAAAGAUAACAACAGGAGGCCCAGUCUAGCGGCGAAGAAAGACCCAGGCGCUCACUGCCUUUCACGAAGACUACAAGGCUUUGCUUGUUCUUCGAAUUCGCAUGCC